CCCUGCCCCUCCGCGGGAAGGUGCCCGGGAGCGGCGGCGGCAGGUUUCCCUCAGGCGGGCCCGGCGGCGGGCAGCGCCCGGGGAAGGGAGCCGGGGCAGGGGCCGUCCCGCCGCCGCCUCAGCGAGGAUUUUAAGUGCAGCCUGGCCGUAAAGGCGUGAGCGCAGGGCAGCGUUACCUCCAGGUACCAGAGACGGGGUCAAACACCUGCACCGUGGUCAGCCCUUGUACCAGCGGAGGCUCAGCCCCAGGAGCUUGCUGGGUCUUCUUGAGACCAGAUUUUUCUUCCUGUUAGCCCAUCAUCAAAACAGACUUUCUUGGAAUCUGCUCAAGCCGUUACGUUGAACUUUUUGCUCGACUGGUUUCCUUGUAGCAGGACGUUGGGUGCAGGGAUUCGUUUCUCUCAUUCAGGUGAUUUUCAUACCUCCUGCUUGGAGGGCCCAGAUUGUAACAGCAGGGAGAAAGCUGUCAUGCUCUGAUUGAAGUACUGGGAGUCUGCCCCGUAAGAAAUUAAUCUUCAUCCUCAUGAAGAUGAUACUGCUGCCCUGUAUAGCCAUGAAGUUAAAACUGCCAUCUGACCUACUCACUGAUUUUAAUGUGAAAUUCUUAACACUUAGGAACAAAAUCCAUCAUGCUGUGUAAUCCAUCACAGUGCGUCUGGGUUCGUUAGGGUAAGAGGGAAAUCAAUAUGCUGCUGACUGAGGGAUAUAAUUUACGUUGUCGUUGGAAGAGACUGUUUCAGCAACAGAUGAUGCUGCAUAUAAAAAUAUUAGUUUUGAUCUCUGUUGCUCUCCUGCAGGCUGCGGUUUAUUUACAGCUGAAGAACACUGCAGAGAGUCAUGUAUGAAACGAUAGGGAAGAAGAGAAGAGGAAAACUUUGCAGCUUCCUGCUUUCAGCUUUGGUGAGUCAGCAGUGGGCUGCAAGAUAAAGUCAAUUUUUAUUGAAUCUUUAGCUUUGCCAGAGUUAUUGAAGCAGGUAAUCUAUCAACGAUACUCCUCUUUGGAUUAAAGAUCGUGGAAGCAAGUUUCCUAAUUACAGAAGGCUUUGAUUAAAUAUUGGAUUUUGAGAUGCAAGUUUCCCUUUACACAGAAUGCCAAAUCCACGAGAAGACCAUGAGACCCAGGCCAUGGGAAGGUGGAUUUUCCUGUUCCAAAUACUUCUCUGAGUGAUGCCAGUAAAAAUUCAAAUGUAAAACGAGGCCCCUUUUACAGCGCCUGUAGAAACUGCUUGAAGCUCGAGGUCUACUUUUUCGUCAGCUAAUGUGUGUGGGACUGAGCGUGAGGACGGUGCAGCGAGGAUGCCAGCAGAGAAAGAAGAAGUGGAAGAUAACACUGAUGAAAACAUGGAAGGGGCUCUGAUAGCCCGGGACAGAGUCGGGGUGCAGGACUUUGUGCUUCUGGACUCCCACACCAGUGAGACUGCUUUCCUGAACAACCUUCGUAAGCGAUACCAGGAGAACCUCAUCUACACUUAUAUUGGUACUCUUCUUGUAUCUGUCAACCCUUACAAAGAGCUGGAUAUCUACACAGUGACACAGAUGCAGCUUUAUCGAGGGGUAAACUUUUUUGAACUGCCACCACAUCUAUAUGCCAUAGCUGACAAUGCCUACCGGGUGAUGUGCAGUGAGUACAACAACCAUUUCAUCCUCAUCUCCGGGGAGAGUGGGGCUGGGAAGACAGAAGCAUCCAAGAAGAUCUUGCAGUAUUACGCAGUAACCUGUCCAACCACAGAGCAGCUGCAGAUCGUCCGUGACCGUCUCCUACUUUCCAAUCCCGUUCUCGAGGCUUUUGGAAACGCAAAAACUCUGCGUAAUGACAACUCGAGUAGAUUUGGGAAAUACAUGGAUAUCCAAUUUGAUUUUAAGGGAGCUCCAGUGGGAGGGCACAUCCUCAGUUACCUAAUUGAGAAAUCCAGAGUUGUCCACCAGAACCACGGAGAAAGGAAUUUCCAUAUUUUCUACCAAUUAUUAGAGGGUGGAGACAAGGAUCUUCUUUGCUGGCUUGGACUGGAGCGCAACCCCCAAAAGUAUGCAUAUCUCAUCCAGGGUCGAUGUGCCAAAGUGUUUUCUAUUAAUGACAAGAAUGACUGGAAAAUAGUCCGCAAAGCUUUUUCUAUCAUUGACUUUACUGAAAAAGAUAUAGAGCAUCUCUUUGGAAUUGUUGCUAGUGUGCUGCACCUCGGGAACAUUCAGUUCGAAGAAGAUAGCAAUGGACACGCCAUCAUUCGUGAUGGCACGCAGAUCAAAUGGAUUUCAAAGCUACUGGGUGUGCACUUGUCCAUUCUGCAGGAAUCUCUCACCCAUCGGAAGAUCGAAGCCAGAUCUGAAGAGGUCCUAAGCCCACUGAACGUGGAUCUGGCGUUCUACGCUCGGGAUGCCGUAGCCAAGGCGAUUUACGGACGCACUUUCACUUGGCUAGUCAACAAAAUUAAUGGCUCUCUAGCCAACAAGGAUUCAACUCGGAAAACAGUCAUCGGCCUGCUGGAUAUCUAUGGUUUUGAAGUGCUGGACACAAACAGCUUUGAGCAGUUCUGCAUUAAUUACUGCAAUGAGAAGCUCCAGCAAUUGUUGAUUGAGAUGACCUUGAAAGCAGAGCAGGAAGAAUAUGAACUGGAAGGAAUAGAGUGGGAACCAAUUCCAUAUUUUAACAACAAGAUCAUUUGUGACCUGGUUGAGCAGAAGCAUAAAGGGAUAAUCUCCAUUCUGGAUGAAGAGUGCUUACGGCCUGGUGAAGCGACUGAUUUGAGCUUCUUGGAAAAGCUGGAAGAGAAAGUAGGAGAUCAUGCCCACUUCGUGACUCGCAAGCUUGCAGACCAGAAAACACGGAAAUCGAUUGACUGGGUGGAUUUCCGCCUCCUUCACUAUGCAGGAGAAGUCACUUACUGUGCUGUUGGAUUUCUGGAGAAGAAUAAUGAUCUCCUGUACAGAAACCUGAAAGAGGUGCUGUGCAACUCUAAAAAUGGCAUCAUUAGAGAAUGCUUCUUGCUGUCAGAACUGGACAACAGGAGGAGACCAGAGACUGUGGCAACCCAGUUCAAAAACAGUCUGAUGAGUCUUAUAGAAAUCCUGAUGUCCAAGGAGCCUUCUUACGUCCGAUGCAUUAAACCGAAUGAGAACAAGGAGCCUGGGAAGUUUGAUGAUUAUCUGAUCCGACACCAGGUGAAAUACCUGGGACUGAUGGAGCACUUGCGGGUGAGACGAGCCGGCUUCGCGUAUCGGCGGAAAUAUGAACUUUUCUUGCAAAGGUAUAAAUCCCUCUGUCCAGCUACCUGGCCCCACUGGCAUGGGCCAGCGGCUGAGGGUGUGGAGAGGCUCAUCAAGCAUAUCGGUUACAAGCCUGAGGAGUACAAAUUAGGAAGAACUAAAAUAUUCAUUCGGUUCCCAAAGACUCUGUUUGCUACUGAGGAUGCAUUUGAAUUCAGAAAACACCUGUUAGUUUCAAGACUACAGGCCAAAUACAAAGGAUGCCUUGGAAAGAGAGAGUACCAGAAGAAGAGAGAAGCAGGUAGGAGCUCUGGAACUGAGGACUCUCUCCUUCAGGCUAGCAGGGCCCCGUGGCAGGGAGAGACGCUGAUACCACCUCGUUGUUUUCAGUAUGUGACCCCCGUGAUAAAAUAUGACAGGAACGGGUUCAAACCGCGAGACCGGCUACUUGUUCUGACCCAGUCCUCGGCCUAUGUGGUGGAAAUGGCCAAGAUCAAGCAGAAAAUAGACUACGCCACCCUGAAAGGUAUUUCCACCAGUAACCUGAGCGAUGGGAUUGUAGUCAUUCAUGUUCCCGAGGACAACAAACAGAAGGGAGAUGCAAUCCUUCAGUGUGAGCAUGUCUUCGAGACGGUCACUAAACUCUGCAUGCUGGCCAAUAAGCAAAGCCUCGUGAAAGUUGUGCAGGGAAGCCUUCAGUUUCGCAUUGGCUCUGGGAAGGAAGGGACGAUGGUGUUCACCGUCGGGCAGGAGCCUCAGGUCUUCAAAGCCAAAAAUGGACAAUUAACGGUGGUGUCAACCCAGGCAAAGUCUUGAUGAGAAACAGUUCCUGUUCCUGGUCCCCGUCUGGGCCUGGAAUAGAAAGGAGCCUGCAGGAUGAGACCAGCACUCACAUCUCCCCUGGAAUCUUUG